AUGACGCUGUGGAACGGCUCCUUCCCCUUCUACCCCAGCACCAAUGCGUGUUUCCCCUUCGAUACCAUCCAGGCCAUCAUUAUCUCCAUCUUCCUCUCUGUAUUGGCCACUUCCAUCAUCAUCCUGCCAGGGAUCCGGGGCAGGAGGAGACUCUUCUGGAUCCUGCGGGUGGUGAUGGGCCUCUUCAUGGGAGCCGUGGUCCUCACCAUACAGUUCACCAAGGACUGGGAGACCGGCUGGGUGAGAGCAAACACCUCCUACAAGUCCUUCAGCCAUGCCCUGGUUCAUGUGGACAUUGGGCUGCACAUUGGCCUGUCAGGGUUGAACAUCACACUGGUGGGAGACCCAGUGAAUCAGGUCAACGAGACCAUCAACUACAACGAGCACUUUGCCUGGAGUUUUGAUGCAGACUAUGACCACAGCUACAGUGAAGGGCUGGAGAAGGGGCUGCCCAGCCCCAUCCUCUACGUGGUGGAGAAGUUCACCACGCAAAGCCCCUGCAGUGUACAUAGGCAGUACCGCAUCUCCGGCCACUACGUGUCCCUCACACUGUGGAUGGCCUUUUGCAAGUGGUUCAUUUCCAUCCUGUUGUUCUCCAUGCCCAUCCUGCUCUAUGGUGGUUACAUGCUCCUGCUCACUGCUGCGCUGAUGCUCUUCUCACUGCUCUUCAUCUUCAUGGCAAGGAACACUCCAAAGUGUCCUAUCCAGUUUGGCCCAGCUUCCCUGAAAACAGACUAUGGUGGAUCCUUCUGGCUGACACUAGUGACUGGGCUGGUGUGCCUGCUGCUGGGGUUGGGCAUCAUCAUCCUGAACUCUGUGCAGUCGGAGAAGCUGAAGCUUGUCUUUAACCUGGAUGAGGCAAGGGGAGAAGAAGAGGAGGGGUGGGACAAGUCCUACCUGCCAGCCAAGCCCAGCUCCUCUGCCCAGGAUGCGCUGAUGGUUCCCCUGGGUGAGCUUUGUGAGGUGACAGCCACCCAGCUGUAA